AUGAGCUCGCAAUCGUCUUCUUCCUCUCCGUCUGGCUCGCCAUUGACGCCCGGCAGUCCGAACUCUCCUCUGACGCGCGUUGCAAAGGUCGUGACCAACCCACCCCCCGCAUCCCAGAUCCAGUUGAUCAACAUCAAAACCCAUGUUCCCAUCACCCUUGAUCUCACUGAAGCCAACUAUUGUCAAUGGAGCCAGUUCUUCAUUGUCAUCUUCGGGAAAUCUGGACUCAUUGAUCACAUCCAUGGCUCCAUUCCUGCUCAAGGUGAUUCGGUUUAUUGGGUGCAAAAUGACUUUGCCAUUGUCUCAUGGUUCUACGCCAUGAUCUCCAUGGAGAUUCCGCAGAUCAUCCAACCUCGUGACGACACGUCAUUCUCCCGGUGGCGCAGCAUCCGCAAGCUAUUUCGUGACAACAAGGCGACCCGUGAUGUCUACAUCAGCAAUAAGUUCCGCCGCAUCUACUAG